AUUAGAAUUAAAUUAGAAAACUGGGUACCUUUAAAAACUAGCAAUGAGUUGAUAAUGCCAGGUCUAGGUAAUGACGAACUAUUGGAUAUUCGCAACUAUCAAGCUAAAGCUGCUAAUCCAGAAUCUGAAGUCCUAUUGGAGGAUGCCGAUGAAAACUAUACAUUUAUUCCAAAUCAAGAAACAAUCAAUCAACUUUCUGAGAUGGGGUUCACAGAGAAUGCUAUAACAAGGGCAUUGUAUUAUAGUGGUAAUGGUAAUACAGAAGCUACUAUGAACUGGUUACUUCAACACAUGGAUGAUACAAAUCUUAAUGAUCCAUUUGAAGUUCCUCAAAAAGCCACAUCAAAGACAGAAGUGGAUGAAGAAUCGUUGAGCAACAUGGUCGCAAUGGGGUUAGAUAUGAAACUUUCAAAGAAAGCCUUAAUUUUAAAUAAAGGUGAUUUAAAUAGGAGUGUGGAAUGGGUCUUUAACAAUAUGGAUGAUGAUGGUGAACUUCCACAAGCAGAUAGUCCAAGCAAUACUGAAAAUAAAACAUGUGGUUAUAAUGAGCCAGGAAAGUAUAAGUUAACUUCAGUAGUGUGUCACAAAGGUAAUUCAGUUCAGUCUGGACACUACGUUGCUUUUAUUAAGAAGGAGAUAGAAAAUGUAGAACGCUGGGUAUUGUACAAUGACGAAAAGAUAGUCAUCGCGGAAGAUCUGGAAGAAUUGAGCAAAAAUGGAUAUAUAUAUAUUUAUUCAAGAGUUAUUUAA